AUGUCUCCAGCAGCCACCAACAUCUUUACCCUGACGCACAACUCCAAGCUUCCUGAUCUCUUGGAUGCCAACCAGCAAUGGUGCCACGAAACCACCCAGCAACACCCAAGUCUGUUCCGGGACUUCAACGCCAACGGCCAAACUCCUCACACCUUAUUCAUCGGAUGCUCGGAUUCCCGCUACAACGAAAACUGUCUGGGAGUCAUCCCAGGUGAAGCCUUCACCUGGAAAAGCAUCGCCAAUAUUGUCCACGCAAAUGACCUGACCUGUCGUGCCACGCUAGAGUUCGCCAUCAACGUGCUCAAGGUCAACAAAGUGGUCAUCUGCGGCCACACGGAUUGUGGCGGCAUCAACACCUGUUUGGCCCACAAAAGAGCAGCGCUCGAAAACACCUCCAACAACCACCUGUUCCAGUAUCUACAGGAUCUGGACGAUCUGUACCAUGAAAACAAAGCCGGAUUGCUAGCUACAACCAACAACGUCAAGGUGCAGAGCAGAACGCUUUCGAAACUCAACGUUCAGAAACAGAUCAACAACCUACUGGCCAUUGACACAGUCCAGGAAGCUUUGGCCCGUUCCGAAAUCGAGGUAUACGGUCUUCUGUACGACGUGGCCACCGGUCUUGUUGAGCAGGUCUCAGAGAACAAGUAG